UGGCAGAGAGAAGGGACUAGUUCAGCGCCUGAAGCUUCUUCACCCUCAACUCAUAUCAUACCACUGUAUAAUUCACCAGUCCAUCCUUUGUGCAAGUCUUGGAGAAAUCUAUGCUGAAAUCAUGAACACAAUGAUGAAGCUGGUGAAUUUCCUGAGAGCAUCAUCUGCACUACAGCAUCGCUUGCUGCGGUCAUUCCUGACUGAGGUCAGUGCUGAUUUUGAUGACUUACUUUUGCACAACAACGUCAGAUGGCUGAGCAAGGGCAAGGUUCUGGAGCGGUUUUGGGCCAUUAGGAACGAAUUAAAACAAUUUCUGUCACAACAAAAAAGUGCAAAAGCAAAGCUAUUCCUGGAGUUCCUGCACGAUCCCGAAAAGAUGGAGGCUGUGGCAUUUUUGACAGACAUGACAGCUCACAUGAAUGAUCUGAAUGUGAAGCUCCAAGGGGAGGGCAGCACUGUAUGUGAGCUGAUAUCAGCAGUGCGGGCAUUCCAGAGGAAGCUGGAGGUCUACAAGGAUGACUUGCAGGAGGAAUUGCUCCAUUUCCCCAAACUUUUGGAGCAGACCAAAGAAAAAGAUGCUCAUCAAAAACACAUCACAUUUGUGGAGAAGAUGAUGGAGAAUUUCAGAACAAGAUUUGAAGACUUCAUUCUUGGCAAGCAAAUCCUCCUCUGCAUUGAGAACCCAUUCCUUGUUCGAAAUAUGAGAGAGUUCACUUCAGAGGCAAAUCAGGUAUUCCCCUGGAUCCAAGCUGCAGCACUCCAAUCUGAGCUGAUUGACCUGCAGGAGAAUAUCACACUGAGGGAGACACAGUGUGACGUCAUCACCCUGUGGACAAAAAUGGUUACUGCGGCCAAUUUCCCCCACCUGAGGAGGAUGGCAGUGUACAUCCUCACAAUGUUUGGGUCCACAUACCGAUGUGAAUCUGCCUUCUCAAAAAUGAACUUUAUAAAAAAUCAGUACCGGAGUCGCCUAACCAAUGAGCACAUGCACCAGUGUGUCUCCCUGGCAAUCACACCAUUUCAACCCAGGUUUGAAACAGUGGCCAAAGAAACCAGAGGCCAUUUCUCCCAUUAA